AUGAACUCCGGCUUCAGUUGGGUCAUUCAAGCUGCUGGUGGUGGUGGCAGCCACCUAAGCAGCCAUGAUUCCCCCCUCCCCAACCAGCCAGCUCCACCUGAUCUGCCUUUUUCCUUUAAAUGGCAGUAUGACUUAGUAAGAGAGUUUUCUAAGCCUCAAGGAGAAAACAGUACAGAUCAAAAUGAAAUCUGCAAGCUGCAAAAUAUUAUCAAGGAAGUGAAACACAAGUUGAGCCAAGAAAUAGACAAGCACCAGCAUGAGCUUUCAGUAUUGCAAGAUGCACACCAUCAGAAAUUAACAGAGAUAAGCCGACGUCAUAGAGAAGAACUAAGUGAAUAUGAGGAACGAAUAGAAGAAUUGGAGGAUCAAUUACAGAAAGUUGGUGGAAAUACUGAAGCGUCUUCUGAAAUAGAUCUACAAAAUGGAUCAAAACCACAAAACCUGAGUGACUUACAAAUUAAAGUGGAAUGUUUAAGUCAACAAUUGUCUUCAGCAGAAGAGGAGAAAGAUAUUCUCUUGAAAGAACUUGAAUUUGUAAAAAAAGAGAAAAAUCAAGUAAGAGAAGAAUACGAAAGUCUAAAAUCUGAAUGCCAAAUAUCUAUUCCUGAAAAACAGGCCAGUGGAGAAGUUAACCAAGAAAUGGGAGGUUUACAACCUGUUAGUACUAUGAAAGAACAGAACUUGGAAAAUCAGCUACAACACAUGUUAAAGAAACAACAUGAAUUGAAUGAAAGCAGUGCUGAAAAAGAAACUCUAAUAGCAGAAUUGGAAGAACUGGACAAGCAGAACCAAGAAGCUACCCAGCAUAUGAUUAUGUUAAAGGAACAACUAGCCAAACAAAAUGCAGAAGCCACUGAAGUUAUCAGGCAGCUAAAACAGGAUGUAAAAUCUGGGGAAAAAACAAUAUCUAUGUUGGAGGCACAGAAAAUGGAAAUGAGCAAAGAGGUGCAAAACCAGAAAGAAGCAUUGAAUCAAUGCUCACUUGACCUUAACAAUUUGCACGUGGCUAACCAACACCAGGAAAAUAAAAUAAAAGAGUUGAAAGAACAACUUGAAAUAUCCCAACAUUAUAGCUCCAAAAAUGAACAGGAAAUUAUAGAAUUAAAGAAAAAUCUAACUGAAAGAGAAGAAGAAUGUUCUCUUCUCAAAAGUGAAUUAACCAAGUUAUGUCAAAAAUCUGAUAGUUAUCAAGAUCAUUCAGUCACUGAAAGAGGAGAAGAAAUAUCAGUCCUGAAGCAGCAAAUUUCUAAAAAUAAAUUAAUAAAUACAGAUUUGGAGAAAUCCAUCACGAAUCUUCAAACAGAAAAGGGAAGACUUCAUUUAGCAUGUGAGGAACUUAAACAUCAGUUGCAAAUAGCUAAUAGUGAGAAGAGUAAAAUUGGUUUUGAAAAAGAUACUCUGCUGGAAGCUUUGAAACUUGAGAAGGGACAGUUAGAAAGAGAAUUAAACCAGACUGAAAAACGAUUGUUGGAGCAGGCUCAUAAAUAUGAACAGACCAUUGAGGAGUUAUCAAAUGCCCGUAACAUGGAUACCACUGCAUUACAAUAUGAACAUGAACGGUUAGUAAAACUUUCUCAAGACAAAGACUUUGAGAUAGCAAAUCUCAAAAGGAACAUUGAACAGAUGGAAAUAGAUCAUGAAGAAACUAAAGAGAUGUUAACUACUAGCUUAGAUGGGCAAAAACAACUGACAGAGCUCAUAAAAGAGAAAGAAGUAUUUGUUGAAAAAUUUAAAGUCAGAGUUUUUGAGUUAGAGCAGCAACAUGAAGAUUAUAUUGAGAACAUGAAAAGAAUUGAGGGACUGAAGCAGAAUUUAGAGGAAAGGGAGAAAAGUCUUUCAGCUAUGAAAGAAGAGACCAGUCAUUUGAAAGAAGAGAAUGAGCGAUUAAAAGAACAACAAAGUAGGUCCCCUCCUUUGGCUGAGCGCAAAACCUUGGAUAUCAUCACAGAACUUGAAGCAGAAAUAACACAAGUAACUAUACUUAAAAAUAGUCUGGAAGAAGAGGUGAAAUUAAACAAAAAGACAUUUGAGGAUCAGAACUUGAAAAUGGCUCAACUGCAGCAAUCCCUACAAGAAUACAAAAAGGAAACUGAGGAAUCCAAAUUUCAGCAUGACCAAAUGAACAUAGUACAUAGGCAGGUAUGCAUGGAGAAGGAUGAAGAAAUCCAAAGCCUGCAGAGAACAGUAGAACAAAUGAAGACACAACUAAACAACCAAAGAAAGGUAAUUCAGCAAGACUCUCCUGAUCUUUUUCAGGAAUCUAAAGUUCAGGCACUUAAUGGUGAAAAUGGGAAUGAGAAGUAUGACCUAUCUAAGGUUGAAAUUGAAAGGCUGAUAAGAGGCAUUAAGGAGAGAGAAAGGGAAAUCAAGCUUCUGAAUGAAAAGAACAUUUCGCUAAGUAGACAGAUUGACCAGUUAUCUAAUGAUGAAGUUGGCAAACUUACCCAGAUCAUUCAAGAAAAAAACUUAGAAAUACAAGCAUUGCAUGCAACGGUUUCCUCCCCAUCUUACAAGCAAGAUGUUCUUUUCCUUCAACAGCAAUUACAGGCCUAUGCCAUGGAAAGGGAACAAGUGCUAGCAGUUCUUAGUGAAAAAACUAGAGAAAACAGUCAGUUAAAAACAGACUAUCACAAAUUAGUGGAUAUUGUUGCAGCUAAGGAAUCAGCCAUCAAAAAGUUACUAGAAGAAAACCAAAAGCUAUCCAGCGAAUUUGAAAGUAGCAGUCAUGAUAUGUCUCGAGAAACUAUAAAGAACUUAUCCCGUAUCAUCCGAGAGAAAGAUAUUGAGAUUGAUGCUUUAAGUCAGAAAUGCCAAACUUUAUUAACUGUCCUGCAGUCUUCCAAUAUAAACUCAGGCAGUGAGUUACCAGGAAUUAAUAGUAAUCAGUUUGAGGAACUUUUACAAGAACGUGACAUGCUAAAACAACAAGUAAAGAAAAUGGAAGAGUGGAAGAAACAAGUAAUGACUACUGUUCAAAAUAUGCAGCAUGAGUCUGGUCAUCUCCAAGAAGAACUACAAAAACUUCAGGUACAAAUUUCAGUUGAUAGUGAAAACAAUUCCCACCUACAGCUAGAGUACAAUGGCUUAAUACAGGGCUAUGAACAAAAUGAGAAAAAGUUAAAAACCUUUACUCAAGAAUUAGCCCAAGUUCAGCAGAGCAUAGGAAACCUUAAUAAUACCCGGGAUAUAAUCCUUGGAAAGCUUGACAUGGUAACACCACCACGGUUGGUAACUUCUACUAUUGAGGGGAAAUCAUUCGAAGUUCUCAGUAAUACUUCUCAGAUGUUUGACAGUGAGUGUAAAUCAGUAAACGAGGGGCAAGAAUUCAUGAAGAAAACAUUGCAGGAAAAGGAUUUGCUUAUCCAGACUUUACAAGAAAAUAAUCAGAGACUGUCUGAUUCUAUGGCUGUAUCAUCAGAGGCCGAAAGAAAGUGUCAACAGGAAUUUGGCUUGGAAAUAAAGCAGUUAAAGGAGAAAUCUGACAUUUUACAGAUGUCCCUCAAAGAAAAAGAUCUGCUGAUAAAAUCAAAAGGUGACCAGUUGCUUUCUCUGAGAGAAAAUCUUGGUAAUAAGGAGAGUGAAAAUGAGUUGCUGAAGCAAAGUGUCACUAACCUGAAAGAGAGGACGCUGAUUUUAGAAAUGGAUGUUUGUAAAUUGAAGGAAGAAAAUGACAGAAUAGCAGCAAAAAGCCAGGAAAAAGAAACGGAAUUCCGAGCACUGCAAGAGACCAACAUGCAGUUUUCAAUAAUGUUAAGGGAGAAGGAAUUUGAACAUAAUUCCAUGAAGGAGAAAGCGCUUACAUUUGAAAAGAUGCUGAAAGAAAGAGAACAGGUAUGCGAUGAAUUUGAAUUCUUCCGCAUCAAAGUCGAGAAACACAAUGUUGGUGGAAAUACUGAAGCGUCUUCUGAAAUAGAUCUACAAAAUGGAUCAAAACCACAAAACCUGAGUGACUUACAAAUUAAAGUGGAAUGUUUAAGUCAACAAUUGUCUUCAGCAGAAGAGGAGAAAGAUAUUCUCUUGAAAGAACUUGAAUUUGUAAAAAAAGAGAAAAAUCAAGUAAGAGAAGAAUACGAAAGUCUAAAAUCUGAAUGCCAAAUAUCUAUUCCUGAAAAACAGGCCAGUGUAAAAGUAGAGGAAGUCCCUAGUUUUGUAGAAGAAUCAUUGAAGGCUGAAGUGGAACGAUUGCAACAAGCACUACUUGAUGCAGAAAGUGAAAUAACAAAACUGAAAACAUUAAAUCAGGGAGAAGUUAACCAAGAAAUGGGAGGUUUACAACCUGUUAGUACUAUGAAAGAACAGAACUUGGAAAAUCAGCUACAACACAUGUUAAAGAAACAACAUGAAUUGAAUGAAAGCAGUGCUGAAAAAGAAACUCUAAUAGCAGAAUUGGAAGAACUGGACAAGCAGAACCAAGAAGCUACCCAGUUUAAAGAGCUAAAUAAGCAUAUUUUAACUUUAGAAGAGAAAGCCAUGUAUUCAGCUGAGCUACAAAAAGCCCAAAAGCAGACUGCAGAAUGGAAGAAGAAAGCAGAGCAGUUACAAGACAAAGUGGUUUUGUUGCAAGAAAGGUUGGAUGAAGCAAAUGAAGCUCUAGGUUCUGCAUCAAGAUUAACAGAGCAACUAGAUCUGAAAGAAGAACAAAUUGAAGAAUUUAAAAGACAAGGUGCACUCAAACAAGAAAUGUUGGAAGAUGCGCAAAAUAAAUUAAUGAACCUCAUAAAUAGUACUGAAGGAAAAGUAGAUAAAGUCUUGAUGAGAAAUCUUUUUAUUGGGCAUUUCCAUACUCCAAAGAAUAAGCGUCAUGAGGUACUAAAGCUAAUGGGAAGUAUCCUAGGAAUAAAAAAGGAUGAACUGGAGGAGUUAUUGACUGAAGAUCACAAAGGUGUUACACAAUGGGUAACUGGUUGGUUUGGCGGAAGAGCUGCUGAAUCCAAAAGUGUCCCCAACACACCUCUCAGACCAAGCCAACAAUCGAUUUUCAACAGGUCUUUCUCAGAACUGUUUGUGAAGUUCCUUGAAACAGAAUCAUGCCCAACUCUCCCCCCACCAAAACUUUCUCUUGAUAACAUGAAGCCUUUAGGAAUGACAGGAAGUACUAGUUCUUCCAGCAAUGUGGCAGGCUCAACCAGUCGAAGACCAGAUAUAAAUCCAUUCCUUGCGCCUCGAUCAGCAGCAGUCCCAUUCAUCUCUCCAGCUAAUCUUGGAACUAGCGGAUCUGGGCAUCUGCUUAUGAAAUCCAUUUCAGAUGCCUUGCCCACCUUCACCCCAAUGCCAGUAGCACCUGAUGCUAGUGCAGGUGCAGUUUUAAAAGACCUAUUAAAGCAAUAGACUUGGAUGGAUUGAAGAGAAAAGCACUUUAAACAUACUAUACUGUAUUGAUCACAAAGAGGCCUUUUGUAAAAAGUUGUUAAUUUUCAAUAACUUUAAGAGUAAAGCAUUGUACAGGUAAAAACAAAAAAGUAUUGGCUAUCUAAAUCUUUUAUUCAUAAUUCUUCAACUAUGCAACACCAGUUUCUACAUACUGCUGUCAGUCUAAUCACACUUUAUCCCCCUUUCCCUUUUCCUCAAUAGGCAUCUGCUGUUUGUGUUAUUUUAAUGUGUCCUUAUGUAUAAAUCCAGUUUGAUAGUGAUAGAAAUAGAUGGUUUGGAAGACCCAUCUGGUUUAGUAAAAUACCACUGUAGCUAUUCCCUCUCACACCUUAAGAGGGCCUGGAAUGUUCAGGCAGGAACUAUCUUCUGCUCUGUGUGACAUCCCAAUUCAGUCAGAUUCUGAUCUAAUCUGGAGCAGAAUUCUGUUAAAUGAGGAAUUGCAUAUUAUCCAAUUACAGUAUCAAUCUGGAAUAUUUUUGUGAUCAGAAUUAGAUCAAAAGAAAUUAUAAAAGAAUAUGAAUCAACUGAUCAAGUGUGUUUGGGGAGCAUAAAAUAUUAAAAACAAGAUAAUGUCAUCUCUGGAUGGCUAAGUAAUACUUGGCUGAGAUAGAACAUAUACAUUAGGAGGGGUUAGUUUUGUCUUCAUUCUCUCUCUGUCUCUCUCUUUCAGUCUUUGUCUCUUUUUCUCUGACCCCACUCUCUCUCUCAAACACACACACACCAUUCUUGAACUCUGAUAUAACUGGUUGUAAAAAAAAGAAUGCUUUCUUAAAGUUCUGCAAGAACUAGAAAUGCCAUUAUUUUUUGUGCAAAAUGCUUUUGAAUUUUUAUUUAUGAGUUGCCCUUUCCAAAUGGACAUUAAGAUCAUUAAGGAGAUUGUGGACAUUUUUCUGUUUUCUGCUGACCAUAUUUAGUGGUUGACCACUAUUUAGAAAUCUGAUAUGUAAAUUCCUGGUGUAAGAAUGUUUAACAUAAAGUACUGUAAUGACUUAAAAUGUAUAUUUAAGAGAUAAUCAUUUAUAUUCAUAAGUUUCAGUGAGAAUUUAUGAAUAUAUGUAUAAAGCUGCAAUGAGGGAUGAUGCUUAAUCCAAAUAUGUAAAUAAGCCCAAAUAAGAACAAAUAGAUUUCUGCAAAACUAUCUGUACAGAUUUGUUUUUUUCCUUUUGGAGAAAUUAUUUGAGACCCAACACAUUUUUUACAAAGUGUUUUUUCCCAUAAAGCUAUGGCAUUAUUCUUAUGAUUAGGAUUAAAUGAAAAUUUUACAUCAAA